AUGGCUUCUUCCGAAAUUGACGAGCUUAAGCGUCUCGUCGCGAAUCUUCGGCAAGAAAACGCGGUUCUGCGGCAGAAGAUUCAGCAUGGAGAUAAUACAAGCAGUAUUGAUGUUCCGGAUACUGCCGAGCGGCCGCAGAUGAAUACUGCCGACAACGGAGUAGAGGACGGGGAAAAUGACGAGGCCUGGUUCCGCUUUUGGCCGCGAGCCUUGUGGUUAGUCGGUCUUCUAGCACUGCAGUCAACGUCAUCCUUUGUGCUCGCAAGCUUCAAAGAGCUGAUCGAAAGACACCCUUCAAUCGUCUAUUUCUUGACGAUGCUGGUCGGAGCUGGAGGUCCUAAAGCCUAAAUUCUUACUGCUUGUUAAGCGGCGAUGGGCACCAUGACAGUGUAGAUCAUUGACGAGUUGCUUCUUCCGUUACCAGAGACCCCUUGUGGUUGUGCAUGUUCUUGGAUUAAUGUUGUCACCUACAACUGCAACGACACCUCGAUAUCAAUCAUCACUACAGGCAAUGCAGGCGGACAAGCGGUUGUCUAUGCUGUGCGUCGAUUAGCCCUUCGGCAACAGGUCGACACCUGGCACCAGUGUAAAAUCGGGCUGUUGUUGGCCGUAUUUCUCGCCAUCGCCACAGGUGUCAGGACUGCUGUUCAACGGAUAACGUCCUUCUAUACCGGUGUUGCGCUUUCGUCGGCGAUGUUCUUCAUCGUGUUCUUAUGUUGACUUGGUGCAGUUUCAUUAGGUCCUUUCGAGUUUUAAGGUUGAAAUAGAUCAAGCUUUGCAACAAGUUUUAGCCAAGAAACCGCAGCUCUACCCAGUGAAUUCGUUGUAGACCCGCUUUCAUACUUCUUCGCCGUAACGUUUGGCACGCUUCUCCCGCAGAUAUUUCAUCGGCUGAAAAUUGACCCUGCGCAUGCGAGUGCUACGAUUCAAGUGGCCAUGGACAUUAUCGGCAUUACCAUAGUGUGCAUUGUGGCGACGCUCGUUUACGAAAUCUUCGAACAGACUGAAGAUACCGACACGGACAUAAACGGGCAAGACUGGCAGGAUCAUGAACUACAUGGAGGUUUCUCAACAUCUUCAGGUUCUUUACCGCUUACAGCGCAGACACUAGCUACUUCAAGAGCGAAUGAGGUAGCAACUGGAGCAGGUCUUCAUCAUCACUAUGCAGCUUCAUCAUCAGGUCAAUAUCGCGUUGAUCAUAGUUUUGAUAGGAGAUAUAAUACGCACGGAGGAGGAGGAGCGCAUCCAUUGCAGAAUUCUCAACUAGGUCAUAGUCCUGGACGAGAUGGAGUACCGGAGCAUGACGUGGCGGCAACCAUCUCGCCACUGUAUGCAGGAUAUUUCGAGAGGGGGCCUCCCACUUUUCCCACUUUCUCACCUGCUGCGGCAAUAGAGAGUUAGCGGAUUCUCGGUCAUUUGUCAGCACAUAGACAGAAUUUUCGAUUCGCCUCGACACCAUAUUCAUUGGAAGCUUGUUUGCAUUCAAUGAUUUAGCAUAAAUUGAAACCAAUACCAAACUUUGUUUUUCAAUUUUGACUUGCAUCUGGCACUAGUGUGUAGGCUGAAAAAUAUUGCUUGAUCUCGUCCUUAUGCUGUACUGGUAACCGUCGAUCCCCGUAUAUUCUAGGUAGAAAUUGUCUCUAGCAGCAAAAAGUGAACGCUCCUGAAAAAAUGUCGCGAGAAUGCACAGAAAGAUGAAAAGGGGAAGUCAUCAUGGUCGUGUCAAAGAUCAGAAUGCUAUGCUAGCUUGUCGUCAUCGACAUGAAAGAAGCAGAACGUCCAAAGUGAUCUCCAAAAGAGCUACUAUCUAACGCUACUGUGUUCGUACAAGAAGAAUAGAACGAGAAGAUCGACGAAUAUGAAUAUUUAUGUUUAUAUCUUCAUUCUCGUCAGGAGAUGAGGGACAGGGAGGCGAAGAAGUAGGAGAUGGCCUCAAUCAAAGUGAAGAUCACUCGUAGUUGCUAGCCCACAGAAAAUAAGUAGAUCGAGA